AUGAGAAGCCAGAGUUGGAGGCAUGUUGCCGUGGCGGCUUUUGCACUCGCCGUGGCUGGGACGAAUGCGCAAACGGGCUCAUUGACGGACCUAGGCACUUUGCUCUCGGGGCAAAAGAACCUGACAACUUUUUACGGCUUGAUUCAGAAAUAUCCUCAAAUUUUAUUGCAAUUACCAUCAACUCAAGGAGUUACGAUUCUCGCACCGAACAAUGAUGCCUUUAAUAAAAUUCCCUACACUGAGCUCAAUAAAGCGUUCAGCGACAACGACCAAGAUGUUAUCACGAAUGUCCUGGAGUAUCAUCUUUUGGAAGGGUCACGGACAGCUGCUGAACUAAAUCCUGGCGAUUCCGUAUUCAUCCCAACCUUGUUGACGAAUGAGGCAUACAGCAAUGUCAGUGGGGGACAGAGGGUGCAGAAUGUUAAGCAAUCUGGUGAUGUGGUGGUGUUUGUUAGCGGGCUGGGAAACAGAUGUACAUUGACACAAGCAGACCUUAAAUUCACAGGUGGAGUAGUUCAGGUUAUCGACUCUCUGUUGAUCCCUCCAUCAAACCUUACCGGAACCCUCAUUCCCUUCAAUCUUACAUCCUUCGAGGGCGCCCUCUACCAGUCGAAGAAGCUAGAAAACUUCUCGACCGCCGCAAACAGCACAAUAUUUAUACCCAACAACAACGCUUUCCAAAAUCUGGGUCCCGCCAUCGCAAACAUGACCGUCGAGGCGCUCGGCAGCGUCCUUGACUAUCAUCUUCUCCCUGGCCAAGUAGCCUACUCAACCGACCUGACCAAUGGCACAAAGUUCUCGACCCAACAAGGAGGAAACGUCACCAUCCUCCACAGCGGCAACAACGUGUACGUCAACUCGGCGGCCAUCAUCCAAGCAGACCUCCUCUGCGCCAACGGCGUCAUCCACGUAAUCGACAACGUGCUGAACCCGCAAGGCCCAGGUGCGCAACCAAACCCAGCGAUUGCACAACAAGGCGCCGUGUUCGCAUCCGCAUCUUCAUAUAGCACGCUGCCCUUCACAACCGCCAUCCCUUGCACGUCCAGCUGUCCCGUGACCUCGAGCUCUGUCACCAGUGGUAGUGGGUCCGUGACAGGAGGCGCAGGUACGAAAACGACGAGCGGUGCGGGCUCCAAGAGCUCGAGCGUUAAAACGAGCAGUAGUAAGGCGAUGGCGGCGGCUAUGGCGAGAGAGACGGGCUUCCAUGCUGCGGGCUUGAUGGUUGCUCUAGGAGGAGCGGUUAUGAUGAUCUAG